GGGAGUGCUUCGUUUCUUUCUAUGGCUCAUUUUCGCUGUAGGGCUCUUUGCUUCACCCAGUGAGUCGAUUAACACCACCAUAGCAGCAAGACAAGAUGAUGGAGUGCAUCUCCAUCCACAUUGGCCAAGCAGGGUCCAAUGCUUGCUGGGAGCUCUGGAGCAUGGAAUCCAGCUACUUAAAAUACUCCCAAUUUAUGAGGCUUGCUUGUUUUGAGCGAGCCCUGCUGUGCUCAGCCAGAUGGCCAAAUGCCGACUGACAGAAUUAGCGGACGUGACGACGCCUUCAACACUUUCUUCAGCGAGACAGGUGCGGGCAAGCACGUACCGCGCUCGUUGUUCCUCGACUUGGAACCCACGGUGAUAGAAGUGAGGACUGGUAUACAGUCAACUCUUCCACCCGAGCAACUUAUCAGUGGCAAGGAAGAUGCCGCUAGUAAUUUCGCCCGUGGCCAUUACUCAAGUGAGUGCCCGACAACAAGGCUAUCGUCGAUAACGUGUGUCGGACCGUGUAACGGAGAUCGUCGACCUGUGCCUGGACCGAAAUUCGGACCGUAUCAGGAAGCUUGCAGACAAUUGAAGGCUUUCUUAUCUUCAACGCCGUGGGGCUCCGGAGCGCCUCUCGGUUGACUACGGCAAGAAGUCGAAUCUUGACUUUACGGUCUAGCCGUCGCCUCUAGUGUCCACGGCUGUUGUUGUGGAGCCCUACAACAGCGUGCCCUCCACCCGUUCCCUGCUGGAGCACACCGACGUUGG